UCAGCAGAAAGGAUUAUGAGCCACAAUCUCCUUAAUCUCGAUUUUUAGAACCAUUAGCAUUGGGCUUUUCUGAUUCAUGACCACUGUGUAACCAUAAGUAUCAAUACCAAGUUAUUUUAGGAAGUGCGGUAACACUUCGGAAGCAGCUCGAUGUGCUGAUGGGUGUGUACCGUAAUGGUGACGUAAGGGAGGUGAAUCGGAAGUACUAAGAUCGCGAUGUGUGCCGCCUCUACUUGUUCGGCCUUUGUCCUCACGAGUUCUUCCAUUUAACGAAAAUGGAUAUAGGGCCAUGUCCGAAGGUCCACUCUUUGCAGCUGAGGAGAGAAUAUGAAGAAGCUAAGGCAAAAAGCAUCGAUAAUUAUGAGAGAGAGUUGGAAGAUGCUAUUGACAGGCUCAUUGUUAAGUGUGAUAGGAAAAUUUCUAGAGCUCUUAAGUGUCUUGAAGAUGAGGAUGCAAAGGCCGCUAUUGCUAUAUUAGUCUCUAAAGUUACUUUGGUUUUGGAUAAGUAUUAAUUUUAUCUAUCUGACCUUUCUCCCAGUUGGGACUUACAUAUUUAUUUAUUUUCUAUGUGAUGUUACAGACACCAGAAGUACUAGAGCUUUCAAAGCAGAAUAAGGAGAAAUUGAAAGAAGCUGAUCAAUAUGGUAUCA